AUGAUCAGACCCAGCAAAUUUGUUAUCGUCACCUGCUUCGGAUUCGGAUUUGGAUUCGGAUUCCCUGCGACCUGCCAUCAAUUUCUCGCUGCUACUGCUGUGAGAGGACUGAGAGGACAACGACUGGGACAACAGCAACGCAAAGCUGCUACCUUGACCACCUCUGCCUGUUCUCUGCGUCCGCGUCUGCACGUGCAUGGAUAUCUCACCGAAACGCCGAGCAGCCAUACAAAUAGAUCGGCUCGUUACAACACUAUCAACCACAUCGACGACGACAACAAACCCCGGGUUGUCGUCGACGCUCAGACCCUCCCCCGGACUGCCCCACCCAAGCUAGGCGGGGCUUCUUUCUCACGACCCUUCGCAGCUCUCCCAGCUCACUCAACUCUCUCUCCAACAAUACACCGUCAAGCCGCUGCCUCCAAACUUCGACUUCUCUGCGGCUUGUUCUCCUUGCAACAACAAUCUACAGCCAUGUCGACUCUUAGCCAGUCCGAAUCCUCCGCUCCGCCGCAUGGCGAUGGCCCCUUAAAGGAGCAUAAACCUAGGCCCAUCGAGAGGCUUACGGACAGUCUGGAGACUCCAUCUCUCGAUGAUCGCAGCUAUAGAGUUGUGCGUCUGCCGAACAAACUCGAGGUGCUCCUGGUCCACGAUGCAGAAACGGAUAAGGCUUCGGCCGCCAUGGAUGUCAAUGUCGGCAACUUCAGUGACGAGGAUGACUUUCCGGGCAUGGCUCACGCUGUAGAACAUUUACUUUUCAUGGGAACUAAGAAGUACCCAGUCGAGAAUGCCUACUCCCAAUACCUCUCCGCCCACUCUGGAAGCUCGAACGCAUAUACCGGUGCUACAUCUACAAACUACUAUUUCGAGGUGGCUGCGAAGAAGGGAGAAGACGAUGCGGCUGAGGAAUUGUCUCCGUUGUUCGGUGCACUCGACAGAUUUGCGCAGUUUUUCAUCGACCCCCUCUUCCUCUCUUCUACCCUGGACCGAGAACUGCGCGCAGUAGACUCUGAGAACAAGAAGAACCUGCAGAGCGAUCAGUGGCGUUUACAUCAGCUGGAAAAGUCUCUUUCGAACCCCAAGCACCCAUAUUGCCAUUUCUCGACUGGAAAUUUUGAGGUCUUGAAGACACAACCAGAGGCACGGGGGGUUGACGUCAGACAGAAGUUCAUGGAUUUCCACGCAAAGCAUUAUUCUGCCAACAGAAUGAAGUUGGUCGUUCUAGGAAGAGAAUCCUUGGAUGUAUUGGAAGGCUGGACUGCAGAUCUCUUUGCGGGCGUCCGAAAUAAAGAUUUGCCCCAGAACCGCUGGGAAGAUGAGAAGCCAUUUGGUGAAAAGGAUCUCUUGACCCAAUGCUUCGCCAAGCCAGUCAUGGACUCGAGAAAUUUGGAUCUGUCGUUCCCUUUCAUUGAUGAAGAGAUGCUGUUCGAGUCGCAACCAAGCCGUUAUAUCAGUCACUUGAUCGGUCACGAAGGACCUGGAAGCAUCAUGUCUUUCAUCAAGUCCAAGGGUUGGGCCAAUGGUUUGAGUGCAGGUGCAUACUCAGUCUGCCCUGGCACCCCAGGCAUCUUCAACUGCCAAAUUCGCCUGACAGAGGAUGGCCUGAAAAACUACAAGGAGAUUGUAAAGGUUUUCUUCCAAUACGUUUCUCUCUUGCGAGAGACACCACCUCAAGAAUGGAUUUUCGAGGAGCAAAAAGGUCUCGCAGAUGUGGAUUUUAAGUUCAAGCAAAAGACGCCAGCCAGCCGGUUCACCAGUAAGAUAAGCGCAGUCAUGCAGUCACCACUCCCUCGGGAAUGGCUUCUGAGCGGACACAGCAGACUGCGCAAGUUUGAUCCUGCGAUUAUCCAAGAGGGGCUUGCGUGCCUGAGACCCGAUAACUUCCGUAUGAGCGUCGUGUCACAGAAAUUCCCUGGUACAUGGAAAGAAAAGGAGAAGUGGUACGGGACCGAGUACACGUACGAGAAGAUCCCGGCGGAUUUCCUAGAGGAGAUCAAACAUGCCGCUACCAGAACUCCGAAAGAUCGCUUAGCAGAACUGCACCUUCCUCACAAGAACCAAUUUAUCCCGACGAAGCUCGAGGUAGAAAAGAAAGAGGUGAAAACUCCUGCCAUCGCGCCAAAGCUUAUCAGAAGUGACGAACUGGUGCGAACAUGGUACAAGAAGGAUGACCAGUUCUGGGUCCCUAAAGCCAACCUGUUUAUCAACUGCAGAAAUACUUUACCCGCAGCGACGGCAGAGAACACGCUGAAGUCUAGACUCUACACAGAUAUGGUCCGCGAUGCGUUAGAGGAGUAUUCUUACGAUGCGGAGCUUGCCGGUCUCGACUAUUCGGUCUCAGCCCAGGCUUCGGGCAUCGAGAUUGCGGUUUCUGGAUACAAUGACAAGCUGUCUGUUCUCUUAGAGAAGGUUCUUGUCACCAUGAGAGACCUGGAAGUUAAGCCGGGUCGAUUUGAGAUUAUCAAAGAGCGUCUGCUACGAGGUCUCAAGAACUGGGACUAUCAACAGCCCUAUAAUCAAGUCGGAGAUUACACCAGAUGGCUCAAUAGCGAGAAAGGCUACAUCAACGAGCAGGUUCUUGUAGAGCUCAAUCAUCUCACGGCAGCCGACAUUCAACAAUUCUAUCCAGAGCUCUUGCGACAAAUGCACAUCGAGACCUUUGUACAUGGAAACUUGUACAAGGAGGAUGCGCUGAAGCUAAGCAACCUCAUCGAAUCCACCUUGAAGCCAAGAACUCUUCCCCAAACUCAGUGGCCUAUUUCUCGGGCGUUGGUCUUUCCACCAGGCGGCAACUACAUCUACUACAAGACGCUCAAGGACCCAGCCAACGUCAAUCACUGCAUUGAAUAUUUGUUGUUCGUCGGACAGAAGUCUUUGCGUCCGUUGAGAGCUAAGACACUCCUCCUUGACCAGAUGACCCACGAGCCGGCUUUCGACCAGCUGCGGACGAAGGAGCAACUUGGAUACGUUGUCUUCAGUGGUGCUCGUAGUUCUGUAACAACGAUCGGCUAUCGGUUCAUCAUCCAGAGCGAGAAGACUGCGAGUUAUUUGGAAUCCAGAAUUGACUUCUUCCUUAAUGGAUACAAGGAGACGCUUGAGAAGAUGUCUGAGAGUGAAUUUGAAGGCCAUAAGAGAAGUCUGAUCACGAAGCGAUUGGAGAAGCUGAAGAACUUGGAUCAAGAAUCAACUAGACUUUGGUCGCACAUCGAAAGCGAGUAUCUUGAUUUCGCGCUCGUUCACGAGGACGCCGCCAAUGUCAAGCUGCUUACCAAAGCCGACAUGAUUGAAUUUUACAACCAUUACAUUCUUCCAUCUUCGCCGCUGCGAUCCAAACUUGUGAUCCAUUUGAACGCUCAGACCCCAGUCUCUACCGAUACUUCGGCUGUUGCCGGCGUCGAGAAGAGCACGAAAGUUCUCGGUCUCAACAAAGACCACAAGGAUGAAGAGGACGGUGAGGCCAUCGAGGUGAAGCCAGAAGGCAACGGCACGACUCCAUACGUCAUUACCGAUGUCCGCGAGUUCAAGUCGAGGAUGCAAAUCAGCCCUGGCCCGCAACCCGUGAAGCACAUUUCCGAGUUCGAGGAGCUGGACUCGAAGUUGUGA